AUGGCACCGCGUGGUUUUACAAAUCCCGCUCCUAGGACUGAAUCAGCGCGGUCUGCGCUCAGCUCCUUCACCUGCACUCUCUGCAAUAAAUCGUACUCACGUCAUCCGGAGUACGAAGCGCAUAUCGGCUCAUAUGACCACCAACACAGAAAGCGCUUGCAGGAUCUCAAACAGUUAACCCGUGAUCCAAAUGCCAUCGAGAAGAACCGCCGCGCAGAACGUAAGGCCGAUGCGCAGGCCGGUCUGAAAGUCAUCGAGACUCCUGCACACAAUGUGGUACCAAGUGGAGGAGGUACGGGUUUCAAGAAGGGAGGUUUCAAAAGCUCAUUCGCCGCUGUCAAGGGAACAGUGGUCCCUACAGCCCCAGUCAAGAAGAACGUCCUAGGAGAUGACGAGGAAGAUGAUAUUCCGAAACCUCAAAACAACGCUCCACCAGAUGUGGGAAGGCCCCUAAAGACUGAAUCUGGUGAUAUGGAAAGUGAAACCGACGAGGAAUAUGGCCCAGAAGGACAUUAUGAUCCUCACCGGCCAACUGACUGUUUCGCUGGGUGUGCUGCUCAAAAGGUUUGA